GGCUUUCAGGAGCUGCCGUCGGACGAUCCACGCCGCCAGGGAGUCAUUUAUGGGCCUACCGCCCCAGUGGACACUGCGCCCGCACUGCAGGAGGCCGACCAGGCACCAGCUGCCUUAGGUCCGCCCCCAGAGCCGGCUGCUGAUAACAUCUAUGACCCAGAGAACCCCCGAAUUGGAGCGCUCUUAGGGAAGCUGCCAGGGGCGUACCACAGUGACCCGACCGCGGGGUUCCAUAGGUCACCUCGGAUUGAUAACUCCGGCCCGCAGCCUGCCCUCCUAGUGAACGGGCGCGUGGUGCCGAACCUGAUUCUGGAUUCUGGCGCUGAGGCCGUCAUCACUGGCCCCUCAGGUGCCAAGGCAAUGGGGAUUACCCCUGACAUGAUUCGCCGCAGAGCGAUUGUGAUCCGCGGUGCAACAGGACAGCUGUCCGACCGCUUGGAUCGAACACUUGAGCCGGUCAGCUUCGAGCUGAACCCAGGCACCCCCGACGUAGUCACUGUUAUGGCGCACGUGGUGAUUGCAUCCCACCGUUCUGCCUGA